GUAAUUACUCACCCAUUUUUCACCAUUAAAAAAGAAAGGAAAUGGCUGCCGUCGCUUCCGCCACUACCGCCCCUUCACUUAACAAAGCAGUCGAAGAACUGGCCAUAAGCACCAGUGCGCCACCGGAGAAAUAUAUCCGCAAAGAAGGCCUUGGAGGCUCCGCCUCUGAGCUUCCAUAUCUUGAUAUUCCAGUUGUUGAUCUUAGUCUUCUGAAUUCUUCAACACCUGAAGCUGAAGAAGAACUCAAAAAACUAAGACUUGGUUGUAGCUCAUGUGGCUACUUUCAGGCAAUAAAUCAUGGGAUAGUUACUUCAUUUAUUGAUGAAGUACAUGAUGUCACCAGGAAAUUUUUCAAACUUCCGAUUGAAGAGAAGAAGAAAUAUGCAAGAGAUGUUGAUGAUUUUGAUGGCUAUGGAAACGACACCGCAUACUCUGAGAACCAAACACUUGAUUGGAAUGAUAGAUUGUAUCUGAAUGUGAAGCCUGAGAACAAGAGGAAGAUGAAAGUAUGGCCUGAAAACCCUACAAAUUUUAGGCAAAUUUUGUUAGAUCUCACAGCCAAAUUAGAGAAUGUUAAUGAAUUUGUGUCCAAGGCCAUGGCAAAAUCACUGGGUUUGGAAGAGGACUGUUUCUCAAAACAGUACGGAGAGAAUCCAAUAGGUCUUGCAAGAUUCAACUUUUAUCCUCCAUGUCCUACGCCUGAUCUUGUUCUUGCUGCCAAAGCACAUGGAGAUGCAUCUGCAAUGACUUAUCUCUUGCAAGAUAAAGAAGUUGAAGGUCUUCAAGCCCUUAAAGAUGAUAAAUGGUAUAAAGUUCGGAUUGUUCCAGAAGCUAUCGUCGUUAACGUUGGCGACCAAAUAGAGAUAAUGACUAAUGGUAUAUUCAAGAGCCCAAUUCAUAGGGUCACAACAAAUCGAGAAAGAGAGAGGAUGACAAUUGCUGUUUUCUUUGCUCCUGACGUAACCAGUGAAGUUAAACCAGCUGAAGGGCUUUUUAAUGAGAAAAAUCCCAAAUUAUACAAAAGUAUAAUUGAUUACACUGGUAACUUUUUCCAGUUAUCUCAGCAAGGGAAGAGGCCCAUUGAUGCUCUCAAAGUCUGAUGCUAAAAGUUAUAGUUAGGGUAAAAAUUUAUAUCCGCCUUUCCUUUUUAUACGUCAAAUUUGCACGAUUUUUGUAAUAAUGCACCGAUCUGGUCUGUUAUGCCAAUAUCGUCUUUUAACGACUGUUAAAAAUCAUCAUAGAAUAUGUUGUACAAUGGCUGCACCGUCGUGGAAGCUAGCAUCGAGAUUAAUGUGUAAUUAUAUUUUGCAUGCUUAAAUCACAGUUACUGCAGCUGAAUUUUGCGCCUGGCAUGGAGCAGCAGGAUGUAACUUUAGAAGAUAGAGAAUUUCAAAGCUAUGGAAUAAUAAAGUUAGAUGAUUUUACUAUUUGAUA